AUGUCUCUUCAAGAAUCUGCUCAAAAUCUAAUCAAAGAGCUAAACGAAUCAGCGCCAUAUUUGUCGUACGCUGCUCGCUUCGCAUCGUUCAAAGGUUUCCGUUAUGACAAAAAGCAUAUAGCUGCAUGCUCUUCUGAUGCGCUGUCGCAUGCAGGGUUCUACUCAACAGCCACUAAAAAAAAUCCAACGUCUGCAAAAUGUCCAUUCUGCACGUUGGAACUCACAUUCGCUGAGAACGAUGAUCCAUGGGAGUUGCACAAAGCAGCAAGACCAAACUGCGAUUACGUGAUGAUAGGUAGACCAGAUGAUACUACACUGUCGUUGAGAACUAUAGUUGCCCUCGCUCUUCGAUGUGCAACCGUUGCGGAGUACGAGAAAAUGUUCAAAAUGUUCAAAGUAUUCGAGGAAUACAAUCCUAGAAUUCACAGCACAGCAAUUCGUGCUCAAGCCACCGCCGAAGCCAUCGGUUUUCGCGACAGUACUAUGCUCCUGAUCGCCGAUCAUCGUUUCAAAACGUUCGACUAUACUGUUAGAGGUUUCAGAAAGCCAACUCCUUCCAUUCUUAAAAGACUCGCUAAAGCUGGCUGGUGCUCUGCAGCUACCAAUUGUUCACAUCUUUCUGUGAAGUGCCCAUUUUGCUUUUCUGCUGUCACGUUCUCGGAAACUGACGAUUUCUGGGAAGAACACAAGCGUAUUGCUCCGGAUUGUGAUUUUGUGAAGCUCGACAAACCAAAGGAAGCUGAUUGGACUGAUGAUGAAGGACUAAUGUUGGCUGUCCGAAUCUCGAUUAUGAACAAGUAUGAAACAAAGCAAAAAAUUCUCGACCAGCUGGAAGAUGAUGAAGAAGUCGAGAAAUUGACGGAGCAGUUGAGCAGAAUGAUGGCCAAACCUAGAUUUUUGAGACGUCGUUGCAGCGUCUGA